UAAAGGGGAAAGUAUAGAAAGUCUACUAAUUCAGCGUUAGAUGAGGUUCGGAUGUUGGAUCUUUGUCUCGUGAGACGUGUCCUGAGUUUGUCCGCGGAAUGUUUCAAGCGGAAUAUUUCAAAUCGCUUUUUCUCUGUGCGGAUGGUCCUCCUCGCGCCCCGUACGAACAUGUGUCGAAGAGUCGCGGCUGUGAGUUGGAAGAGCGGAAAGUUUGGAGAGCUGUGUGGAUCAACUACAAUGAUCUGAGAUGAAUGAAACACUGAAGAAAAGAUUUGAGUUCCCCAACUCUCUUAUCCAAGCCCAGGCUGUGAGGAGUCUGGUUACUGCAGUGCUGAAGGAGAAGGGCCACAAUGAGAAGAUAUCAGAAUCCACAACUCAGGGCGCUGCUCUGGAGGCACUGUGGGAGCAGUGCAGCAGUGAGAGUGGGGUGGUGCGCUCAGCGUGCUGUGAUGCGCUGGUGCUGCUGGUAGAGCAGGGUCACGCUGACCUGCAGUAUGUGCUCAACAGCAUCCUCAACCUGCUGCCCUCUGCAAGGAGCGUGCAGGGGCUGAUUAAGGUGGUUGGGAGACUGCUGCAGAUCCAAGCAAGUCAAAGAGAUAAAAGAACAUCCUUCACCUGCCCGUACUCCAUCAGGAGCUGCCCUCACCCGUACAUCACAGUGCUGGAGAAUCGUCCUGAUUGCUGGCCUGCUCUGUUGCAGGAGAUUGAUGACUUCAUCCAGCUGGCUGCUGACAAAGAUGAGCCAUUGCAUAUAUCCAUGUUGGCUCCAUUCCUUCGGUACCUUUACUGCGAGCCCCAGAGGCUGACUGAGAACGCCCUGCUCAGACAAAGCCUGCUCAGCGUCCUGCUCCAGCCCAGAGAGGGUCAGAACUCAUCCUGCACUCAGGUCACCCACGAGAUACUACGCUGCCUCGUCCAGCUCUUCCCUUAUAUACUGGUGGACAGUGUUACGGCUGUAGUGGAGUUUAGUUCCUUGGCUGAAUCCCUGACCGCUGCUCUGCUCAGGAAGCCGGAGUGCUGGAGGGCUGAGUUAGCUCAGCUAGUGCUGCAGCUGGUGUGUGCCUGUCAGCUCAGUCUGCAGCUGGGAGGAGAGCUCAGGUCCCUCCUGCACACCCUCCACCAGCUCCUACCUGUCUGCAGAGAGGAUCUCCCGUCUGAGCAAGUGAUCAUGGGGAUCUCUCUGCUCCUCCUCAGAGCCUCCGCCUCGCAGCAGAGCGCCCUCCUGGAGCUCGCUGUAAAGAUUGUCCCGCCUGAGGUGAAGCCUCCCUGGGGUGCCUCGUUGUUAGUGAUGCCCCUGCUGCAGGUUCUUUACUGCUCAAACCUCAUGGAGGCACUAACAGACCCCCAAACACAGGCAAAGAACCAGGACAUGGCUAACUCUCUCCUACAGACUGUCCAGAGGGAACCAUCCAGUCCAGUACAGAACACUACGUUGACGCUUCCUCUCAGCACAUGGUACAGUGAGCUGCAGGUGGCUACCAGUAUAUUACAUCAAGUCUCUGCAGACCCCAUGGCCUCUGUAGAGUGGCUCUACUCCAUCCAGUCCACUCUUCCUCUCUGUGAGCGUGUCCAAGACGCCCUUCCUCUCCUGAUCACUCACUUCAUCAUUAGCAGUGAAGGGGACCUUUGCAGGCUGGCACUGGACACUGCAGCAGCUAUAGCUGAAGCAGAUCCAGCUCAGGUUCCCUGUCUUCUCCCGGUGCUGAUGUUUAAACUGGGCCGAGUGUCGGACUCCACUCUGUCUCAUGCUGUGCUCUCCACUUUACCAAAGCUGGGAACACACAAGUUUUGUAUACCGCAGGUUUUACAUGUUCUCCAGACGCUGGCCAGCUCCCCCAAGCUGAGGGCUGUGGCUCUGCGUCUUCUUACCGAACUGUGGCAAAAACAGGACCGUGUGUAUCCAGACUUGCAGAAGCUGAUGGCCGUGUUGGAGAAGUCCUCAGUGGUGGUGGGGAAGGAGACUCAGUGGGAGCAGAUCCUGGCCAGGGCUGCCUGUGUUCGGGACAUCUGCAAAGAGAGGCCCUACCAGCAUGGAGGAGACAUGUUGGCAGCCAUUACAGACAUGCUGACUCAGUGCUCACGGAAGGAUCAGGCCACUCCAGCAGCGUUGGCCCUGCAGGGCCUUCAGGAACUGUGCAAAGCAGAGGUAGUUGAUAUUGGCUCCACAUGGAAGGCUCUUUCUCCCAAGCUGAGCUGUGAGACUAGACCUUUGGUGUUAAAGGCUACUGCUGAACUUCUCUCUCUAGUGCCCUCACUGCAUGUCAGGACAGAGGAGUAUGAGAAUUUCAAAAGUGAAGUGGUUAGUAUUUUGUGGAGUCAUGCUCUGAGUCAGGAAGCAGAGGUGGCUAGCAGUGGAUACAGAGCACUGUCUGAAUUUCCAGAAUCAUCUCACUCCAUCCUGCACUUACCUGAGCAAGCCAGACCAGAGAUGGAUGAGCCGGAUGAUCAGGAUGAAGAGGAGAAAGAGAAUAAGAAGGAUGAAGAUCUAACCGUGCCGGGGACUUCAUACAUAAAACUUGUUGGUCUCACACCACAGCCAGUUUUAACAGCACUUGAGACCUUCCUGACAGCCCUUGUAAGACAAGAGAUGACCCAAAUGCCCCGUGGAGUGUACCAUUCAGCCCUGAGAGGGGCGAACCUGCGUUCAGACCAAGGAAAAACUGUUGCUGGAAUCCCUGCAUUUAUGCUGAAAACUUACGAAAAGAACAAGCAGCCAGGACUGAAACCUGGUCUAGCAGCUGGUCUGCUGCUAUGUUAUGACCUCCCUGUCCAGACAGACAGAGAUGGACGACCAAUUAGCCGCUUCAUGGUCAGCAGAAGUCGGAGUUUCCAACAGACGUUAACCAGUCUCAUCCAUGAGGUGAAUAUCCAGCCUUCAGAGUGGCAUCGCUCCCUCCUCCUUCCUCAGGCCUGGCGUGGCUUCAUGAGUCGCGCAUACCAUGCUGUCCUGCAGGGUCGAAAGGCUGAGCUGGAGAUGUUGCAGAAGCAGGGGAAAGAGAGUCCAGAAGAGCUUCAGUAUAAACAGCACUGCGCCUGGCUCUGGGUCAGAGACCAGCUGACUGAUGUGGUGAAGGCUGCAGCCAAAGACAGUCCGGUGGUGCAGGGGAACUGUAUCCUGGCUCUGAGCGGCCUGGCUGUUGUACUUAGCCGCUAUGAAAGCAGCCUGCCAGCUCAAAGUGACGGAGCAGUUGAGGUGGGCCCUGAGAUUAUACCUAGUGUCCACUGGCUGUCUAUUGUGAUUGAUACGCUCCUUAGCAUUGUGAGCAGCAGCAGUCGACCCAAAGGACAGGUCUUCCCCUGGUUCAUUCAUCGCUCCUAUUCAGGAGAGAACACGGCCAGUGGUAUAGCUCGCUCUUGCGCUGCGCUGGGCCUGGCCCUACUGGUGCCCGUCCUAGUCACUUCACACAGAGACGCAGUGCCGACCAUACUGUCCACUCUGAGCGCAGGGCUGCCCGGAGCACCCACUGCUGAUGAGUCUCAGGCACUGCAGUUUCACAGCGGCCUUGCCCUGGGCAUGCUCUUGGCCUGGAUGAAUGACGAGAGAGUCAGUGACAUCGGUGGGACAUCCAUGUGGGAGCUGGUGCUGAACUCUCUGGAGCCUCUGGAGGCAUGCUGCUUUAGCACCCAGCUGGAGUACAAUGCUGGGUGCGUGUUGGCUGUUGGGCUGGUGCUCAGCUCCCUCUGCAGCAGUAGCGAGGCUGAGCAGCGAGUGCGUGCGGCUCUCUCUCUGGACAGGCUGCUCCAGAGCCUGCAGGACAGCAGCAGCAAUGGCCUCGGACGCAUGCAGCAAGAGGUUCUGACAUACUCAGUGGCGUGUGUAGGAGUGUCUGCAUUUAGUUCUGGUGUUAUUGAUGCCAGUAAAGCUGAAGAGAUCAUGAACGUCCUGCGCUCCGUGACUGAGGAGAGCCAACAGACUCCAGGCUUUGCUCUGGCUCUGGGACUCACUGUACAUGCACUGUCCUCCUGUGGACACGGUAAAGCUGAAGACAUCCGCCCUCGUCUACUGGCUGCGUGGACAAAGAUUCUGCUAGCAGAGGGUUGUCCAACCAUGCAGAGACUUGCAGCCCUCAAUGGACUGAUCGCACUAGUGGGUUCUGAAACUGCUCUCCUUCAGCUGAAGAGUGAAUCUGAGCAGUCCUCCCAGCAGCAGGCCCGACUGAACGAGGUUAUAAGAUCCAUUACCCAGAUCAUUUCUUUCUCAGGAGCGAUAGGUCUGCAGUCAAAUGGAGCGUGUCUGGUGGGUUACCUGCAUUUAGCCCACAUGUCCAGCAGCCACAGCAGAACUGCAGUGCCUCAAGACUUCAGCUAUCUCCCAGAGAAGAGUGUCAUCAGAGCUUCAGUUGAAUACAUCAUUGAAGCAGGAAGGAAAGGGCCUGAGUUCAUUCCUCCUGAUCUGAUAAAGGUAGUGUUGGCUCCACUGGCCACAGUAGGAGGUAAUUUCCAAUAUCCACCGGUCAACUGGAACGUCAUCCUCUCACCCCUGAUGAGACUCAACUUUGGUGAGGAAGUGCAGCAUCACUGUGUGGAGCUGGCAGCCAGUCAGGCUCAGUCUUCCUCCAGUGCUGCAUUGUUCCUGGGUGUGUGGCUCGCUCCUCCUCUCGUCCACAGCCUGAGUCUCCGCACCAGAGCGCUCCUGUAUGAGUGUCUGAACAGUUGGAUGAAGCAUGUGGCGGAGGAUAAGCUGCAGGUGUAUGUGGAGAGUCUGGCAGUACAGCAGUUUAACUCAGAGAUUCGCGUGCAGCGUCUCUCUCUGUGUCUCUCCAUUCUGCGUGGCCUGGCUAAGGCUAUGGCUCUCCCCAACCCAGCCCAGAACUGCUGGACCACCCUGUGCUCCACCACAGAGAAGAUUUACAACCUUUUACCUGAUCGUAUACAGCCCAACGAGGUGGAACUCUAUGAGGGAAUCUGUUCCUGCUUGUCAGAAAUGAGUGACACAGAGAUUGACAGGAUUGUCAAAGUGACUGAGGCCAAUGUGGAGAAAACCGCCUUUAUUCUGUCCUGCUUCAGUUCAAAGGGCAGAAUCCCACUCCUGGGCCUCAAUGAUGUCAUCAGCACCGUCUUGCAGAAGGGGAAGAGUGAGCAGAUCAGCUGGCUUCUUCUGCAGUGUCUCUACCAAUCACGUCUGGCCUCUAGCCCUAACACAGGUGUGUCCAAAAGAAUGGAGUGGCUGCUGGAGUUAAUGGGGCACAUCAGGAAAGUGGCAUACGGAGCUCCCUCAGUGAAAUGUGACAACAUCAAAGAGGGCACAGACUUCCUGCUUGAUGUUUUCGCGUCUGCUUUGGUGUCAUGGGCAGACCAUUCUAUGCCUCUCCUCAUUGGGGUCAGGGCCCAGUGGUUUCCAUGGAAACAGUCACCCUUCCAGUACCCAGACUUGUCCCAUGGCCUCUAUGUGAACACCGUUAGCACUGAUGAGUCACUUAAACAGUGUGUGCUAGCGAUGCCAUACAGUCUGAAGCAUCUGCUGGCCAAGGAGCCGUGGAAGUCCCAGUCACAGAAGUUUAUUGACUGGCUCUUCAGCAUAACGGAAGCUCCUGAGGACACUUUAUCACAGACCGCUAUCUUUACAGCCAGAGCGGCUUUACUGGCUUUGAAAUCCACCCCAGACUUUAAGAAGAAGACAGUGUGGACCAGAGCAUAUGGCUGGUGACCUCAGUAAUGCACUCAGUCACUGCUAGCUUUAACUGCGCUUAACAGAACCCUUAUUUUUGUUACAAAGUUAAUGGAUUGCAGGCUUAAGCAGAUUCUUGGGAAGUACUUGAAAAAUACGCUGGGAAGUCUGUGCAUGCAUGUCUUGCUUGAUCCAUCACAGAAUGACUGAUCUAUAUCUCACACUGUGGUGAAGUUAUUUACAGCUUAGAACAACAAUCAGACUUAAACCCUGAAGUACAGGAAUGUACCGUACAGCAAAAUAUCACAGCACGUCACAGUCCUUCCUUCUGAAAUGCAUUCUGUUUGGAAAUACUCUGUUACAUAAGUUUAUUGCAAUGUGCUAAUGACAGGUUUUCUUUGUGGAUUAAAAUAAUUUCUGCAGGCAGUGUGUUAAGCAGUGUUCCAGUGCAUUUGCAUUUAUGCAGCAAAACUGCAAUAUUUCUUCCCAGAUAAAUUUAAUAAAACAUUUAAUCUGUUACAUGAAAAGGUGCAAUAUUCAAUCCUUAGUUUCGUUCACGACAGUACAUUCCAUAUGUGCUACACUGCCUGUUAUAUAUCAGUGCAACCUAACCCAUCCAGUCUUAAAGUCCAAAAACAGUCAGGAUUCCUUUCUACAUGACCAUUUUCCUACUUCUCUUUAUCCCUUAGAAUUAAACAGGCUGUUUUAGUUUCUGUGCCUUUAAGACAUAAAUCUCUGUUCUGAUUGGCUGCCCUGCAUUGUGCUUCCUUCAAAAAGUAAACACUCCUUAUGACUUCAGCGUGAAUGAGCGGA